UGGCUUUUGAGCAGUGAGCAGUCAGACCCCAUUCUUGGUUACACUCCAACACUCCGCCCCUCAUGACCAGCUCUUACAAUUUCACAUGGCCCCCUCUUCCAGGAUAUGCACUGAGUAGUCAGCCAGGGAUUGCAUUAGCAUUGGAGGUGGCUCGUUAGGCGCCUAUGUGGUUCUGGAGGCAGAUAGCACAGAGGCAACAUAGGUACCUGGGAGAGGAAACACAGAUUAAGAUAAGGAUGCCCAAAACAAGUCACAAUUUUUCCCACCAAGAGCCCCAUUGAGGCAGGAGAUAGAUGGGCUCCAGGCUGGACAUUUACAACUAGCCUUCUGUUUACAUUUCCUGAGGCAAGAGGCAGGUGGGCUCCAGGCUAGAUAUUUACAACUGGCCUCCCGUUUGCAUUUUGAGAUGGAAAUAAGGGUAAAUAGUUGGAUUUUGUCUCCUGUGGGCACUUUAAGAUAACAGUUAUGGCAGGGACAGAGAGAGGCUAUACCCUGUUUAAGUAAAAGAUCGAGGUUGGCCACUGGGUGGCCUGGCUUGCGCGGAGGCCCUGGGACUCCCGCGGGUUCCCCGGGGAAGCGGCGGAAAUUGACAGAUGUGCGUGAGGCGGUUCCUGGUCGGCCUCACGCUUUGUACCUGCUACCUGGCUUCUUACCUCACGAACAAGUAUGUCCUGUCUGUCUUGAAAUUUACCUACCCUACGUUAUUCCAAGGGUGGCAGGCUUUAAUUGGUGGACUUUUGCUUCAUGUGUCAUGGAAACUGGGCUGGGCAGAGAUCAACAGCAGUUCAAGAUCGGAUGUUUUCACAUGGCUUCCUGCUUCAGUGCUGUUUGUGGGUAUCACCUAUGCUGGUUCCAGGGCACUGUCCACACUGGCCAUUCCUAUGUUUCUCAUUUUGCAUAAUGUAGCCAAAGUUAUCAUCUGUGGGCACCAGAAAUGUUUUCAGAAAGAGAAAACAUCUCCUGCAAAGAUCUGUAGUGCCCCCUUCCUCCUGGCUGCCGCAGGGUGUCUGCUCUUCAGUGACUCCCAGUUUCAUCCAGAUGCUUAUUUCUGGGCUGUAAUUCACUUAUGCUGCAUAGGGGCUUAUAAGAUACUACAGAAAUCCCAGAAACCCAACGCAUUAAGUGACACUGACCAGCAGUACUUAAACUAUCUAUUCAGUGUGGUGCUCCUGGCAUAUGCAUCUCACCCCACAGGGGAUCUCCUCAGCGUCCUGGACUUUCUGUUCCUGUAUUUCUAUAGAUUCCAUGGCAGCUACUGUGCCAGUGGAUUUUUAGGAUUCUUUCUCACGUUCAGCACAGUGAAGCUAAAAUGCCUUAUGACCCCAGAGCAGUGUGCAACCUGGAUUUUCUUUGCUAAGGGGCUUCCUUGGUGGCGCAGUGGUUAAGAAUCCACCUACCAAUGCAGGGGACGCGGGU